UCUACAAACUCUCAUCAAACCAAAGCAACAUCGCACGGCUUAAUUUCUGAUACAGCAAGAGGGAUGGAGGCAAAAAUUUGCUCAAAUUUUCAGCCCUUAAAUUCAAAGUAUGUCCUUUCUUUCCUCUUCACCUUCUUUUUCUUGACAGCCAUGGCAUACAAUACAGUACAAAAUGAUCCUGUGGAGCUCUGCAAAACUUCCUUAUCCAAAACCCUAAAAACGGCAAGUAGCACUUCUGCCUUGGUGAAGAAGAUAGCGAAAAGUGGAGGGCUGAUUUCUGCAGAGAAGGGAAUUGUCAACGAUUGCGUCGAACUUAUUGGCGACAGCGUCGAUCAGCUGAAGAAUUCUUUAAAUGAAAUGGAUCGUCUAAAAACGGGGCCGUAUCGAAGUUUUCAAAUAGAUAGCAUCAAAACUUGGGUUAGCGCUGCCAUAACUGAUGGGACUACAUGCACAGAUGAACUUGAAGAAGGCAAAGUGAGAGAAUCUCUGAAGAACAAGAUCGAAGAAAGCGUCAAGAAUCUUACUGGGCAAAUAAUAAACUCUUUGGCUCUUAUCAACAGUAAUCUUCACUGAAUUUCAGGGCCAGUCCAAACUAGAAGUUUAUGAAAUUAUCUUAAAAAAUUUCUUUUGUAGACGUGUGUUAUCUCUAUGUGUGUCAAUAUCUUACUACACACAAUAUCUAUUAUCCAAUAACAUAUAUAUUAUAAAAUGCAUUGAAUUAAUACAAUAAAA